UGCGCCUCUCCUGAUUGGUCCACGUGUAUAGCUGUCGCCUACGGCAGCCGGGUACACAUAUAAAUCUCCGGUGAGUCCGCCCCCACUUUACCCUCACCUCACAUCGCAGUUCAAAAAAUUAAAGAAAAAAAAAAAAAGUUUAGAGAGAGAGUGUCAGGUCGAUACGGUCCGCUUUCGGUCUUCAUUUCUGUGUUCUUUUUCCUCUGUGUGUUCCCUCGAACCCAAAAGCCAAAACCUCUCUUUUCUGUUCGUGUCAAAUCUCAGCCGUCCGAUCAAAUGGUACGAGCACCGACCUGGAGCUCCGAACCCCGACUCGGAUAAAUGGAACUCACCGAUUCAGCUGCCGACGAACUCAGAGCAGCGGCAGCCGCCGCCGCCAACGCCGAGCCAACUCGCUCCGUACUCGGCAUCGAUCUCAAUGAGAUCCCUUCCCCUUCCGAAACCCUACCCGAUUCCUUCGACGUCGUGAGGUCUUACCACGACCACCCCUCGCCGCCGCCCGGGGGCCUGGCCGGAGUUCCCGGCUCAGCUCAAGGAUCCGCAUGCGCCGCCUGCGGCAAGCCCGAGGUUCGCGGGAACGUGGUGGUCUGCGACGGCUGCGAGCGCGGGUUUCACCUCACAUGCGCGGGAAUGCGCGGCCGCCAGGCGGUGAAUCUGGUGGAGUGGGUCUGUGGGGACUGUUUGAGCGGUGGGGUUAGGAGCAAGCGGUGGCCGCUUGGGGUUAAGGCCAAGCACAUUCUCGAUAUCAACGCCUCGCCGCCGAGCGACGUCGACGAAUUCCCGGAAAUGCGCGAAUUGAGAAAGCACACUCCCGGUGGUAAUUCUUUUGGUGGCAAUCCAUUUGGUGCCCCAGUGACAUAUUCAAACUUCUCGUACUCUGGAAACGGAUAUGGGUUGGAAAAAGCUGCUGGGAUAAUGCCACACACAGCUAAAGUGGGCUUGGAAGAUAUAUUGCACCAUACACAGACUAUGGGUGGAAGCUUUGAGGAAUUAAUUUCGAGGUUUUCGCUUGGAAAGCAUAGUAAUAACAAUAAUACAGCUAUUAGAAUGCCAUCCCGGAGUCCAGAUGAGAUAGUUUUACAGGCUCUUAGAGAUUAUGUUUCUGAAAGGCAUGGCGUACUGGAGGAUGGUUGGCGUGUAGAAUUUAGACAGUCAACAGCCAGUGGUGAACCGUAUUUAGUAUACUGUGCACCAAAUGGGAAGACAUUUGGUUCAGUAUCUGAAGUUGCAUAUUUUCUUGGCUUGAUGCCUAACUACAAUUCCAUGGGAUCUGAAAUAAAGAGGGAGGGGUCUCUUUCUAAUACUGAGAAGACUUACGUAUCUAGAAAAAGAAAGUCAAGACUCUUACAUGCCAAUGGAUUAGCUGAAAAUAAGGAAAGUUUGCUCAGAGGCUAUUGCAAGGAGCUCCCUUCCAAUGGUCUAAGUAUGGAAGUUUCUGCCCGUUGUUUUGGAAAUAAUGUAAAACUUACAGAAGCUGGGACAGAAGAACAUGGUUGCAUUGGUUCUCGGCAAAGUGAUGGGGGAUUUCCGGUGCAGUUUGAAGAUUUCUUUGUUCUUUCUUUGGGAGAAGUUGAUACAAGGCCCUCUUAUCAUGAUUCUAAUCAGAUCUAUCCUGUAGGUUAUAAGUCAUGUUGGCAUGAUAAGGUUACUGGUUCUUUAUUUGUGUGUGAAGUUUUGAAUGGCGGUGAUUCUGGACCUGUUUUUAAGGUCAGAAGAUGUUCUUGUUCUGCCUUGCCACCCAAGGGUUCAACUAUCCUCUGUAGGCCACAACUUGGCAACUUUUACAGUCAAAUUAAUCAAGAAAGUCAUGACUUGACUUUUGAUAAUGAUGGAAGUAUCCAGAUGAUUCUGUCAGAUCCUUCGCCUAAGGAAAAUGAUAUUUUGUCUUGCCUGAGGAGUUGUUCAGUUGAAGCCAGUGAUGUCCAGACAUCAGCUGAACCGCAACUUGAAGAUAAUUCCGUUUAUGAAAAAUCUGGAACUCUUUCAUCUGCUGAUUUAGGUAUGAUGGAUGACAUUGGUGAGAUAUCAGUAGAAGACCAUUCUUCAUCUGCAGCUUGGGAAAUGAUUUCAAAAAAAGUUGUUAAUGCUUGUUCUGAAAUAUUUAAACAGAAGGGCAUUCUUAAAUUUUUCUGUAAGCAUGUUGAAAAUGCUCAGCGCUUCACAAAUGAGGUUAUAAAAAUGACAGUUGCAAAGUGAACCAAUCCAUUGGACAAGUUUUGUAGUUCACCAGGUUCUGUCAGCAUCUCUUCUGAAUUUCGAGCCGAUGAUGACCCUGGCUCUUUUUAUGACGUACUAGCAAAUUGGCUAGACCAGGAUAGAUUUGGUUUAGAUGUGGACUUUGUGCAAGAACUUUUGGAGCAGCUUCCUGGUGCCCAAUCCUGUUCUCAAUAUCAAUUUCUUAACAAUAGAAGUUCUAAUUCUACGCAGCUAACUGUUGGAAAUGGGCUUCUAGUGGUUAAAAUGGGGGCUGGAUUACAUGGUAAAGAAGAAGUGUUAGAUGGUUUGUUUAGGAGGUCCAAAAAAGUGAAGUUGGCCCAGGAUCACCUCAAGAGUGGUCAUCCACCUCCUCUUGGGAAGCCAUUGUGCUUCAGGAUUCCUCUUGCCCUUUUUGGUGAUGUUUAUCAGGUUUGGGAAUUAUUAUCGCGCUUUGAUGAAAUUUUGGGUCUAAAGGAGGCUUUUUCGUUGGAAGAACUUGAGGAGGAACUUAUUAACCCUUGGUUCGGCAGGUCAGAUUUUUCAGAGAAGUUCGAUAGGGAAAUCCAAGGCACUCAAGCGUUAAAUGCAAAUGGAAUUGAUUAUUCAAGUACUCAAUUAUCUUCUACCAUGGACUCUGGCUCGACAAUUUCUAGGAAUAAUCCACAUGCAUUCAUACAUAUGGAAACUGGAGCAAUGAAGGAGGCAGCUCAAGACAAAGUUGCAUCUGUUACUUAUAGCAGAUGUUCUGGCAUAGCGUUGACAAAGGCUCACAGAUCACUGCUAAGAGUGCUCAUAGGUGAGUUGCAGUCUAAGGUUGCUGCCCUGGUAGAUCCGAAUUUUGAUUCUGGAGAUCUGAAGUCAAAACGGGGAAGGAAGAAAGAUGUUGAUAUUUCAAUUCCUGUGAAAAGAGCAAAGCUUAAUAUACUCCCAAUUAAUGAACUGACUUGGCCAGAGUUAGCACGGAGAUACAUCCUGGCUGUAUUAGCCAUGGAUGGUAACCUUGACUCGCCUGAGAUUACUGCUCGUGAAAGCAGUAAAGUGUUUCGCUGCUUACAAGGUGAUGGUGGAGUGCUCUGUGGGUCUUUAACUGGAGUAGCUGGGAUGGAAGCAGAUGCACUUUUGCUUGCAGAGGCUACGAAGCAAAUUUUUGCUUCACUUAACAGAGGGAAUGAUGUACUUACCAUAGAAGAGGAGGUGUCUGAUGGACCAGGGGCUGUCGAGAAGAAUUUGGGGGAUGAUGGUAACAAUCCGCUAUGGGCGCAGGUGCUGGAACCUGUUAGAAAGCUACCGACAAAUGUCGGAACAAGAAUCAGAAAAUGUGUUUAUGAGGCUUUGGAAAAGGAUCCACCUGAAUGGGCGAGGAAAAUACUGGAACAUUCAAUCAGUAAAGAAGUUUACAAAGGCAAUGCAUCAGGACCUACGAAGAAAGCGGUUCUGUCACUGCUAGCAGAUGUAUCGGGUAAAGCAUUGCCACAAAAGGCUGAGAAGGGAAGAAAACGGAAGAUUAAUGUCUCUAUUUGUGAUGUUAUCAUGAAACAAUGCCGCAUUGUAUUUCGUCGUGCUGCUGCUGCAGAUGACACAAAGGUUUUCUGCAAUUUGCUCGGAAGAAAGCUAAUGAAUUCAAGUGAUAACGAUGAUGAGGGUCUUCUAGGAUCCCCGGCCAUGGUGUCUCGGCCUUUGGACUUCAGGACUAUUGAUUUGAGAUUGGCAGCUGGAUCCUAUGGGGGAUCACAUGAAGCCUUUCUUGAGGAUGUCAGGGAGUUAUGGAGUAAUCUACGUAUUGCGUAUGGGGAUCAGCCUGAUUUGGUUGAGUUGACUGAGAAGUUAGCCCAAAAUUUUGAAACAUUGUACGAGGAGGAGGUUGUCCCUCUUGUUCAUAAGCUUGCGGAGUAUUCAAAGUUGGAAGGCCUAAGUUCUGAAAGGAGAAAGGAAAUUGAUGAUUUACUUGCUUUCACAAAUGGGAUUCCCAAAGCCCCUUGGGAUGAGGGAGUAUGCAAAGUAUGUGGCAUUGAUAAAGAUGACGACAGCGUACUGUUGUGUGAUACUUGUGAUGCUGAGUAUCAUACUUACUGUUUGAAUCCUCCUCUUGCAAGGAUCCCGGAGGGAAACUGGUAUUGCCCCUCUUGUGUUGUUUCUAAACAAAUUGUUCAAGAUGCAUUGCAACAUCGUCAUGUCAUUAGAAGACGACGUAAAAAUUACCAGGGAGAAGCUAUCCGAGUUUUCUUGGAGACACUUGCACAUUUAGCAGCGAAAAUGGAAGAGAGCGAGUAUUGGGAUAUCAACUUGGACGAGAGAACAUUCCUGCUGAAGUUCUUAUGUGAUGAGUUGCUUAAUUCAGCAGUUAUCCGUCAGCACCUUGAGUAUUGUUCUGAGACAUCGACUGAAUUGCAGCAGAAAUUGCGUUCUUUAUCUGUAGAAUGGAAGGUCCUCAGGUCCAGACAAGAAAUUUUGGUUUCAAGAGCUGCAAGGGUCGAUGCUAGUGCCAAUAUAAGGGAAGGGCUUUCGGCUUCAGUUGAAACCAAUGAAAGAUGUCUUCGUCAAUCACAGGCUUUGAGUGGCAGGUCUAACUCCUUAAAUGCAGUCUCUGAUGAUUCGGCACUAGAGGGUGCUCAAGGGAUUGAUAAAUACCCAUCUGUCAGUAAUGCAGAAUAUAAUAGCCAACAUAUUGUAGACACUGAAGUUAGGGAAAAAGAUGUCCAUGCUGCUUCAGAUGACAUCUCUGCACCUGGGAAGUAUUCUUCAAAUAUGGCUUCUGAUAAAAGCGAAAUAUCCUCUAGACAAAUCGAGUUACCUUCAUCAAAUUGUUUGCCACAUGAAAUCAAUGGGCCUAGUAAAGAAGUAGGUUGUGUUGGUCAUCCACAAGACGAUGUUGAAAUGGAUGUUUCUCUGCCUUUAGAUCAGAAAGGACUUAGUAUCCCGUCAGAUGUGAGGAGUAAUCAUGUGGGAGAGCAGAUGUCACCUGCUUCUGUGAAUGAAUCACAAUCCUACCACCUUGAGUUGAACUCUGUCAAAACUGAUUUAUCCCUUUUGGAGGAUUCGAUUGCCAGUACAGAAUUCGAGCUUCUAAAGGUGUCAGUUCGGAGGGAGUUCCUAGGAAUUGAUUCCCUUGGUGGUUUAUACUGGGCUUCAGCUCUUCUGGGCGGACAUGGUCGGAUUAUUGUAGAUCGAAGUGUGUCAUUGAAGCAUGGUAUAAAUGUGAAAGAUUGCAGAGACUCUGUGUGGAGUUCUGUUGCACAGAGUUGUGGGCCAUCUGGUAUGGGUAGCUUGCCGUUAGAGGGGUCCAAAGUUGGCUGUCCGUAUUUAUUUGAACCGAACAACAGCAUUUCGUUUAGUGCCCCUUGGGUUUCUUAUCAAACUGAUGCAGAAAUUGAAGAACUUAUAGGUUGGUUAAAGAACAAGCACCCUAAGGAAAGAGAGCUGAGGGACUCGAUUCUGCACUGGAAAAGGUCAAGAUUCCGAAAGUUUCAGAAAAUUAGAAGCCAAGGACAGGAUGAGCUCCUAACUACUAUUUCAGUGACUAGAAAUGCUGAUAAAACUGAAAUUUCUGAUUGUCUUGGUACUAGGGCAGCCACUUUGCUGGAGGAGCUGUAUGGUCCAUGCUCCGAGAUGGAAACCGCCGACAUCUCCAAAAAGUGGGGAAAGAGAGCUAGAGUAACCAAUGAUGAGAAAGGGUACCGGUGUGAAUGUUUGGAACCCAUUUGGCCCAGUAGACACCAUUGCCUAUCUUGCCACAGAACCUUCUUCACGGAUGCUGAACUUGAAGGGCACGAUGAUGGUAGGUGCAUUCCAGCUUCAGCAGCCUGUGAGAAGGGAAAGGAAAUAAGUGAUUCUAAGUGUGAGAUGAAUCAGGAAGAGCGCAGAGGUGAACUGAACUGUGUUGAAACUUCCAAAAGUGCAUGUCCUGAGCUUAGUGCGAAGUUGAUUAAGUUUCAAAACGGAAUGUUAGGUUGCCCAUAUGACUUUGAAGAGAUCUGUUCCAAGUUUGUGACCAAUGAUUCAAACAAGGAUUUGAUACAGGAAAUAGGUCUUAUAGGUUCACAAGGAGUUCCAUUGUUUGCCCCACCUUCUCCUUAUCUGAGUGAUUCUACGCUAGCGAUACUAUCUCAGAAAGAUGUCAGUGCACCUGGUCAUGGACUGGAGGCGGCUGAACAGCUAGUUUCACAAGGAAAGACUAAUGUUGAUAUUGCAUGCAGUAGCAAUCUAUCCAGGACAGGUGAUGGAAUGAUGUUGCUAAAUGCUAACAAACUAGCUUUGGGAUUUCUGGAACGAGGGAAGAAAAGACAUUCAAAUAGCCAUUCUUCUGUUGUGGGGGCUGGUUGUUUCUGUGUGGUCCCCCAAUCUUCUUUGAGGCCCUUGGUUGGCAAAGUUUGUCAAAUUUAUAGGAGACUCAAGAUCAAUCUGCUUGAUAUUGAUGCCUCACUCGCUGAAGAAGCUCUAAGACCAUCAAAGGCACAAUUGGAAAGGAGAUGGGCCUGGCGUGUGUUUGUUAAAUCAGCUGUGACAAUAUAUGAAAUGGUCCAGGCGAUGAUUGUGCUGGAGGACAUGAUAAAGACCGAGUAUCUAAGGAAUGAGUGGUGGUAUUGGUCAUCAUUUUCAGCUGCUGCCAAAAUUUCUACUAUGUCUGCACUUGCCCUGCGUAUAUACUCCCUUGAUGCUGCUAUCCUGUAUGAGAAGAUGUAUCCAAGUUCAGAUCUCACCGACAAGUUGGAGCCCAGCAGCGCACUGGACCUGAAGCUGCUUCCAGUUUUGGAUUCAGCAGAAAAAACAAGGUUAACUAGGAAAUCUAACAAGAAAAGAAAGGAUACAGAGGGUUGAUCUUUGGAAGUGUGAUUCUGAGUUUGUGGAGAUUAAUCCGGACAGGGUUGUUCUCGGUGGACGUGAAGCAGCAGUGGGUGGUAGUGAAAAUGACCGUCGCACCACAUAUUGGGUGGCAUUGGACCAGAACAAACCAGACAACUAGUUUGGCCAAUUGAAGGUGGUCACUGCUGCUGCUGCUGAAGCGUUGAUCUGUACAUAAAAGGUAAAGCUUACAUGCUAACUUGGAUGCGGAGUAUGAAAGCAGUGUUUGUACAUUAUCUGCUUAGAGGAUUCGAGUACCCAGACAAAUUUGAUAUGUGCAGAUCGAUCCAAUUUUGCAAUGUUUUCUGCUGCAGCUUUCAGAAUUGUUGCUUGGAAAGGGAGAAAAGGAAUCAACUGGCGAAAAGAGCGAGACCAAUAUAUAGGUAUAGUGGGAAGUGGGAACUUGGUGUAAAAAGACAGAAAACAAAAAAGAAAAAAAAAUUGGCAAAUGUUGAGCUGUUGAGCUAGGCAGGUUUUUAGUCAAUAUUUUCAUUCUUUAUACA